UGCCGCGCUCCGGGGCUCGGUUGGGGCUCGGCGCUGCGGCUCCGCUCCCGCCAUGGCCCCGCACCCCGGGGCGCUGCGCUGGUUCCAGCUGCCGCUCUCCUCGGCCCGCGUCGUGCGCUCGGCGCUCUUCAGCCGCAGCUUCCAGGCCGAGCUCCAGCGCUACCGGCGGCUCCGGGCCGAGAGGCGCCUGCGGGAGCGCUGCCCGACCGCGCCGCCGCCCCCCGCCCCCGCCAGCCCCGCACCGGCCCCGCUCCGCCCGCGGGGCACGGCCCGGGAGCGAGCUGCCAGGUGCCCCAAGGUGCCACACAGCAGCAGGAGGAGCAGAGGGCAGCAGCCUCCUGGCAGCGCUCGGCCCCGUGCCAAGAGGAAGGAGGUGCCCAGCCAGGGCUCUGCUCAGUGCCAGGCAGCGCUGGAAGGUCCCAGGCACAUCCCAGCGGUGGCUGCAGGCACCUCCGGGGGUGACACCAGUGGUGGGCAGAGCAGCACUGCCAGGACAGUGCCACAGCAGGCGGGCAGGAGCUGUGAGGGGCACCAGGUGGGCACUGCCAGGGCAGGGGUGUGUGUCCCAGACAGUGAGGAGGAGGAGGAGGAGCUGAUCCCCCUGCGGGACCUGCUGGCAGGGGCUGAGCCUCCAAGCCCUGCAGGCCACCAGCAGGCUGCGUGCCCGCGGCGGGACCCACUUGCCAACAGCCUGGAUUCACUGCUCCAGGAGAAGAGGGAGCAGAGCCAGGCAGACAGGCUGCAGGCCAGGCUGGCAUGGGAACAGGAUGACACUGGCAGUGCCAGCGAGUCAGAGGAUGAGGACAUCCACCUGCCCGAGGAGCACAGGGAGUUCCUGGCACGCUUCCCCUUGCAGAGCAGCUCCAUCCCCACCCUGCACCCCGGGGAGCCUAUUUUCUAUGCCCACCCAGUGCCCCUGCCCACCCUCGAUGCCAAUGGGCUGCAGCCUCAGAGCUCCCUGGAGAGGCUUUUCCUCCGUUUGUCACCCUCAUGCCAGACAGCUUUGGUCCAUGCCGGUGCCCUCAGCCUGCUCUACCGCUCUGUGCCCACCUGCCCGGUGCCCGUCCUGCGCUGGCUCUUCCAACUGCUGGCUCUGUGCCCAACCCCCAGCGCCACCUCGCGGGCACUCUGGGACGCCUGGCUUGGCACUGAGGGUGAGAAGCCCUGGUGCCCCACGGUGCAGGAGAUCACCCAGGCUGUCACCCACCUCGGUGCCAACCUGAGCCCCCUGCUCCAGCAACGCCUGCUGCCCCCUGAGUUGUGCCCUGCCAAUGCAAGGGGCUUGGAGCCAUCCUGCUUCCCCAGACAGGCCAGCUCUGAUGCCAGCAGCACCCUGGCACUGGUGGCACAGCUCGGUGACAUCUGCAAGUUCCUGGCACUGUGUGUGGUCACCCAGCCGUGCUGCUACAGCGAUGGUGCCCGCCUGGCACUCCUCAUCCUCUUCUCCUUCCUCAGCCUUGCCCGGGCACUGCGCUGCCACCCCCUGCCCGAGCUGCAGCACCUUCUCCAGUGCCUCCUGGAGGGCAUCAGGGACUGGCAGAAGCAGCUGCCUGUCCUGUGCCAGGCCCUGUGCCAGCUUUCACAGCACCACCACAACCUGGUUGCCCUGGUCCAGCUGCUGCCAGAUCUCACAAGCAGGGGCAGGGAGCUGCGCCAGCACUUGAGCCUUCAUGCCAUGGCCCGGCUGCUGGGAGAGCCCCCGGGCACCGUGCCACCCCCUGGGGCACAGGCAAAGCUGGAGGUGCUGAGCAGGCUCCUGGCGCUGGCACAACCAGAUGCCCUGCGACAGCUGGCACUGGCCAGGGGCCUGGAGCAGCCCCAGGAUACUGAGUGGGAGAUCUGUUACUUCAGCUACAGCCUCCUCCUCCUCGCCAGCACUGUGGUGGGCACCGAACAGCCCACAGCCGAGCAGCAGGGUGCCCUGCAGCAGCUGUGUGCCAGGCUGGAGCGGCACUUCAGGUGCAGGCAGCUCAGGGGUGCCCGGCUCUGCGAUGCCCAGCUGGACAGCCUUGCCACCCUGCUCUUCUUCAGGUGGCACAAGAUGCUGGCAUAGGAGGGGCACCUCCUGCUGGCAUGGGUGCCAAUGGGUGCCCCUGGGUGCCCCUGGGUGCCAACAGGUGCCCCCCCCUCGCCCUUCAAUA